UGGAGUAAAAAUCUCAUAAUGGAGUAAUGGAGCAUUGGAGUAAAAAUCUCAUAAAGUUUAAAAUAAGAUUUUUACGGGCUUGCUGGAUGGUAAAAUGUUCUGUUAAAUGUAGUUUUCUGUAACAUGUAAUGUUCAGUCCCUAUGAAAAAAGAGUGUUUUAUUAAUAGAAUUAUUAUGAAUUCAAGUCGUUGGAAGGAAAAGUCUGAAGUUAAAAUCUUAUAUCAAAAUGAAUCCAUUUAUUUCCAUUGUGUAUCCAUUUUUCAUUACAUAUUUAUGAUAUUCAGUUUCAUGUUAUUUGGGUUUAUAUGUUUUGAUGACGACGAUGAAUUUUUAAAAGGAAUUGGUGGUCCAGGUGUAAGGUUGCUAUAUUUACGCAAAAAUUACUUAGUUCAACUUCAAGUUGGUUUUUUUUUUGCUGUAAUGAUGCAUAUAGUUGAAGCCUUAUAUGCAUUUAAGAUUUGCAAAGAAUUAAAUAUACGUUCAGACAUGGCUCUAAAAUGGUUUCUGCAAACUUUCAUCUGUGGAUAUAUAUCGCUGCGUCAUUUGUUAGAAUUCAAAGAUCAACAGAAAUCCAAACAAAAAUAAAAUUCUUCAAUCAAAACAAGAAUAAAAAUUUUUAACAUUUUUUAUUUUUUAAAUUUGAAUAGCAAUUAAAAGAUUGAAAUUAUUGUUUGCAUUUAAAAUUUUUGAACCUUGUUUUUUUUUUUUAUAAGUUUUACAAUUUCUAACAUCAACAUACUAUAGUAUUCAAACAUCAUUUGUAUUUUUCUUUUUCGUUUUACAUCUUUUGUACUAAAAUUAAAAUUGUAAAUCAGAUAUUUAUUU